AUGCUUAUUGCCCCAAAAUUCACACCAGAAGUCCUCAUUGAGGCACCGCGGCGGGGUGCUGCUAUUCCAAAUUACAAUGGAACAUUGGCUCUCUACACAGUAUCCACGCAUACUAUCGGAAAGGGUACCCUGAAGGAAGUUCGAGUUAUGAACAUUGAAACAGGAGACUCGGCCCAGAUCAGCGACAGUAGCGAGGUUCGCGAAGCCAAUUGGCUUGGUGACAAUUCGAAUACGAUCAUCUAUCUAAAGUCGGCAGAAAAAGGCGUCACUCUUGUCAUGGUCGCAAAUGCAGACGACCCUUCCAAAGAAGCGUAUAUCGUUGAAGAGAUCCCGGCCCCGGUCAGCCAACUCAAGGUUAAGGAGCUUGAGGAUGGUUCUAUCGCUUUCGCAAUCGUGGGCUUAGUUGAUUCAGAUGGCAACCUUUUUAAUGAGAAGACAGUCGAGACCAAAUCAACCGUGAGGGUUUAUGAUACCUACCAAGCACGUUUUGUGAGCCUCCCUUCAGCCAUUGUCUUGCAUAGCUUCCUAUAA